AUGUCAAUCGAUAAUAAUAAAUUAUGGAAAACAGAUAUAAUUACACCAAUAUCAAGUGUUCAGAAUACUAAUAAUACGGGUGCUAGAGGUGAUUGUAUUGAUUUACCGAUAAUUUCAAUGAUUUCUAAUAGAACUAUACGUGAUUCUAUUGAUGAUAAAAAUGAACAUUUAAUAUCUUCAGUUAAUGUUGAAAAUAAAACAGAUGAUUAUUAUCGAUCAAAGUUAGCUAGUGGUGAACCUGAACAACAUCAAGUAUGUUUUUCAACAUCAUCAGCUACUUUUAUUGUAUCAUCAUCACCUCCAUUAGAUAUGACCGUACAAGACGAUGAUCAUAAUAUCAUUCAUUCAACUGCUAAUAUGGAGUUAUUUACACAUGAGAGAAUAUCUAAUAAUCAUCAACAAUUAUUAGGAAUGAAACAAUAUUGGAUAUUAGUAACUGUUAUUACUGGAAUAUUCAUAAUUUUUAUAACUAUCAUUACUAUUAGUAUCAUUUAUUGA